AGUGUAGUGAAUCAAAUGGGGUUUUUCUUUACCCCGGAGCAGACUGGACUGCAGCUUUACAUCCCUUUAUUACAGUUCAGCAAGUCGUGCGCUCGGUGCUCGAGGGAGGCAUCGAUAAGGUUCACUCUCGGCUGGAUUUGCCGCGGGAGACAUGAGCGAGAGGAGGCGAUCGGCCGCCGCGCUGAGCUCCAGAGCGCACGCCUUCUCGGUGGAGGCCCUCAUUGGCACCAACAAAAAGCGAAAGCUCCGUGGCUGGGAGGAGAAGGCGCUCGAGCUCUCUAUGGAAAACCUCGCAAGCAACGGCCAGCUGGAAGACGGAGAAGACGCCGGUCAGUGUCUGGAUAUCGAGCCGGAUUGCGAGGCCAGUCCAGGCUCGGACGGUGAGGUGUUGGCGGAGAGAUCCUCGUGCUCUCUCGGUAGCCCCGCGGAUCUGAACCCCGCCGCCUCCAUGGAGGAGAUCCAGGUGGAGCUGCAGUGCGCGGACCUGUGGAAGCGCUUCCACGACAUCGGCACGGAAAUGAUCAUCACCAAAGCAGGAAGGAGAAUGUUUCCUGCCAUGAGAGUUAAAAUCGUGGGACUGGAUCCACAUCAGCAGUAUUAUAUAGCCAUGGACAUAGUACCGGUGGACAACAAGAGAUACAGGUAUGUUUAUCAUAGUUCAAAAUGGAUGGUGGCUGGAAAUGCAGACUCUCCUGUUCCCCCACGUGUGUAUAUCCAUCCGGAUUCACUGGCCUCUGGGGACACAUGGAUGAGACAGGUGGUCAGCUUUGACAAACUGAAACUCACUAACAAUGAGCUGGAUGACCAAGGACAUAUCAUCCUACACUCCAUGCACAAAUAUCAACCACGUGUUCAUGUGAUCCGGAAGGACUUCAGUAGUGAGCUCUCUCCUACUAAGCCAGUGCCCACUGGGGAAGGUGUGAAGACCUUCAGUUUCCCUGAAACUGUUUUCACCACAGUCACAGCAUAUCAAAACCAACAGAUUACCCGACUAAAGAUUGACCGCAACCCAUUUGCUAAAGGUUUCCGGGACUCAGGGAGAAACAGGACUGGUCUGGAGGCGAUCAUGGAAACAUAUGCCUUUUGGAGACCACCUGUGAGGACGCUUACUUUCGAGGAUUUCAGUAACAUGCAGAAACAGCAAGGAGGGAGCACUGGCACAUCUCCUACUACCUCAAGCACUGGAACACCAUCUCCUUCAAGCGCGACUCACCUUCUCUCUCCCUCAUGCUCUCCUCCCACUUUUCAUCUUGCUCCGAACACCUUUAAUGUGGGCUGUAGGGAAAGCCAGCUGUGUAACCUCGGGCUGUCUGAGUAUCCUGCCUGUGCCCGAAGCAAUAUGACAACCUUGCAGGGCUAUGGCGGACUGACCGAUGGAUCCUACGGCCGUCUCCAGUCAGCAGGGGGCAGCAUGGCUUCCGCCCAGCCUUCAGACUCUUUCCUGCCCCAGAGGACUUCCUCUUUAAUUGCAGCAGGAAUGCAAGGAAGCACUCACACCUCAUUGCCCACCAGUAGUAAUGGCGGAGGCAGCAACAGUGGCAAAAUGGAUGCUUAUGGAAGUCAGUUGUCAUCUUUCCCCACCUCUCAGCUUCAGUAUGUGAUGCAGACAGGGGCAGGUACAGGCUCUGGCUCGUCCUCUUCAUCAGGGACUUCCCCUUCCUCGGCUCACAUGUUUACCGGGAGUCAUCACCACAUGCAGCAGGGCUCAUACAAUGCCUUUUCUUUGCACAAUCCCUACAACCUCUAUGGAUACAACUUCCCAGCUUCUCCACGCCUGGCCACCAACUCAGAGAAAUCUCAGGGCGGCCUGCUAUGCUCAUCCUCUUCUGCUGGUGCCUUUGCUGAGCGUCAAUAUCUUUCCAGUGGCAGUAUGGACAGCAUGCACAUGAUAGGAAAUCCCAGCAGUAGCCAGCAGGUGUCCACAGCCUGUGAUGGUCGCCAGUAUAGCUCUUCCACUCAAAUGUCUAUGCACAUGGUUUAAAAAUAUGAUAAAAAAAGGUAAAACUUUGUGCGUCAUCAAUGCAUUAAGUCAAA